CUGUAUUUCUCGAUGCUACGGAGAUCUGCUCCCGAAGGCACCCCUGACAAGCGGGAAUACCUAAUCAACCUGAUCGAUUCUCCCGGUCACAUUGACUUUAGCAGUGAGGUAUCCACUGCCUCACGGCUCUGUGAUGGCGCUCUGGUUCUGGUUGAUGCGGUAGAGGGCGUGUGCAGUCAAACAGUUACUGUCCUACGGCAUACAUGGGUGGAACGGCUAAAGCCCAUUCUCGUUAUUAACAAAAUAGAUCGUCUAGUGACCGAACUGAAAUUGACACCCCUCGAGGCGUAUUCCCAUCUUAGCAAGAUCCUCGAACAGGUGAAUGCUGUGAUAGGGAGCUUCUACCAGGGAGAGCGCAUGGAAGAAGAUCUUCAGUGGAGAGAAAAAGUUGAAGAACGAGUUAAAGCUGCAGCAAUAAAGGAGAAGGAUCGGUCAAAAGCUAGUGCCGAAGCUGGCUCUCAAGUCGACGCUGAGACUGCGGAGUUUGAAGAGCGUGAUGAUGAAGAUUUAUACUUUGCUCCUGAGAAGAAUAAUGUUAUAUUUUGCAGUGCUACCGAUGGCUGGGCGUUUACCGUCCGACAAUUUGCCGGCCUCUAUGAAAAGAAACUUGGGAUCAAACGAGCUACCCUGGAAAAAGUGCUCUGGGGUGACUAUUACCUAGACCCCAAAACUAAGAGAGUCCUAGGAUCGAAACAUUUAAAGGGCAGAAGGUUAAGCCCAAUGUUUGUUCAACUUGUACUGGAGACAGUCUGGGCAGUCUACAAUGCAACUACAGGCGGCGCCAACUCUACGGGGUAUGUGUUACAUCUUCAACUACAUCACAAUAACGUGUCUAUUCUAUCACUCUAACUGCCUUUCUAGUGACCCUGCACUAUUAGAAAAGAUAACAAAGUCACUUUCAAUAAAGAUACCCGUACAUAUACUUCGGUCCCGGGAUUCCAGGAACAUUCUCUCUGCUGUGUUUUCUUCAUGGCUGCCACUUUCUACCGCUGUGCUCGUCUCUGUGAUUGAGUACCUACCCAGCCCUAUAGAUGCCCAAGCGCUUAGACUACCUGAUAUGAUUGAUGAUUCCCCGGACGCUAGCUAUGUUGAUCCCAAGGUCCGUGAUGCCGUGUUGAAUUCCAAGGCAGGAAAAGAAGACCCAAUCCUUGGAUAUGUCAGCAAGAUGGUAUCCAUUCCCGAGAGUGAGCUACCUUCAAAAACACGCAGAACACCUGGCGGGACCAUGUCUGCAGAUGAAGCUAGGGAAAUUGCUCGACGAAAGAGAGAAGAAUUUGCCAAACUUCGGAGUGAGGCGAAUGAUGGAGAUGUGUCUGGUCUCACAAAUGCUUUGGCAGGCUCACACCUAGACGAGGCCAAAGUAGAAGAGAAGGUGGAUCCGGAGCAUCUUAUUGGCUUUGCACGACUAUAUUCUGGUACUCUCUCAGUGGGAGAUUCAAUAUAUGUACUACCACCGAAAUUCUCACCUAUGAAUCCACGGGCUAGCCCAGAACCGACCAAAGUUACAGUCAAGGGACUUUACCUACUCAUGGGACGAGCUCUAGAGAACUUGGAAAGUGUCAGUGCAGGAGUGGUCUUUGGGAUUGCUGGACUUGAAGGACACAUUAUGAAAACUGGCACCCUUUGCAGCCAAAUAGAUGGAGCGGUGAAUCUUGCUGGAGUAUCUUUAAGCCAUCCGCCUAUUGUCCGAGUUGCUUUGGAGCCUGUGAACCCCGCAGAUUUGAAUAAGAUGAUUAAUGGACUAAAGAUGCUUGAACGGAGUGACCCAUGUGCACAGUAUGAGGUUCUACCCAGUGGAGAGCACGUUAUUCUCACUGCAGGAGAAUUACAUCUCGAACGGUGUUUAAAGGACCUUCGUGAGAGAUUCGCCAAAUGCGAAAUACAAGCUGGAGAAUCCAUAGUGCCGUACCGGGAAACCAUUAUCAGCGCUGCUGAAAUGAACCCUCCUAAGAACCCAGACCUACCGCGAGGAACAGUUAUUGCUACAUCCGGAUCUAAGCAACUCAAAUUCCAAAUUCGAGUACGGCCACUUCCUAGAUCUAUCUCAGAGUUUCUUCUCAAACAAGCAGAGACUAUUAAACGGAUAUAUGGACGUCGAAGACACUUAUCAACGGACGCUACGAAGGAAUCGGAUGAUGAUACCCCUGAGACAGAUAGUCCACAUGAAGACAGAGAGGAGGGAGCCACUUCUAGUCGCACCACACUCUCUGCUGAAGACUUCAAGAAAGAAUUAGAAACUUGCUUCAGCGCAGUAAAGGAAGAUAAAGAGGUUUGGGGAAAUGCACUGGCAAAGAUACUGGAAUUUGGCCCUAAGAAAAUAGGGGCUAACAUUCUUUUUGAUACUACCCCUACUGGACGCUACGAAAGAUUGUUUUCAGACGGUUCAAAUAACAAGUCGGUUCGAGAUUCUGCAUUGUUCUCGGAUAAGAUAUCAUAUGCGUUUCAACUCGCUACAUCUCAAGGCCCACUCUGUCGAGAACCUGUGCAGGGUGUGGCAGUGUUUAUCGAAGAUGUUACACUCGAGGAGAUUGGAGAUGAAGAACACACUCGCUUGACAGGAGAAGUGAUAAGGCUAGUACGAGACGCCGUAUGGCAGGGCUUCCUUGAUUGGAGCCCUCGAAUUAUGCUCGCAAUGUACAGCUGCGAGAUCCAAGCUACGAGUAAGUGAUUUCUGCCCAAAACUUCGUAAGUGGUGGCAACAGGUUAACUAACUUUCUCUUAGCUGAGGUGUUGGGCCGCGUAUACGCCGUGGUGACCAGAAGACGUGGACGAAUCCUAUCAGAAACCAUGAAAGAAGGAACGUCCUUCUUCACAAUUUUAUCCCUUCUACCAGUAGCUGAAUCCUUUGGAUUCUCAGAUGAGAUCCGAAAGCGGACGUCUGGCGCUGCGUCUCCACAGCUGAUAUUUACUGGAUUUGAAAUGCUUGACCAGGAUCCGUUCUGGGUUCCUGCUACGGAAGAGGAGCUUGAAGAUUUAGGUGAGUUGGCGGAUAAGGAGAAUGUGGCCAAGAGGUAUAUGGAUAGUGUUAGGAGUAGAAAGGGAUUGGUAGUGGCUGGGAAGAAGUUGGUUAAAGAUGCUGAGAAGCAGAAGACGUUGAAAAGAUAGGGGGAAGAGGAAAAAGGAUAUUGCAUGUACACGAGCAUUAAAAGUAAGCGUUGAAUAGAUCCACGAUGAUUAUAUCAUUGGUCCUGAGCCACUUGUUAUCGUAAAUAUUUGAUUAGGCCCGUAGUUUGCUCCCGUUUGGUUAAUGGGUACCUCCACGAAGUGCUAAGGUUAUUACCGUAGCCCAGCAUGGCCUUGGCUUGCCCUCUCGAUCUCCUUCACAGGAGCUUGCGGGAAUAGUGGGUAUCUUCAACCUGUCAUUUCAGGUAAUGUAGUAGGCUACCGCUCCACAUCCCGGGCAUCAUAUACAUUUUAUCGACUGGUUCAUAUCAAAUGCCUACCUGGCUCAUCCCUAUCAGUCAUUAAACCAUCUUAUCAAUAACUUCCAUUGCCUGCUCAAAACGGUUUCGCAACCUUCCUCGCCUCACCGAUCCCCGUAAUAGGAUCUCUCAUCUCCUUCCAACUAACGGGGAACAUCAUAUUACCUCCCUCGCUCCUCGCCAUAACGACUCCAAGCUCAUUCCGUGCAGUCGAACAAUAAUAUGAGCUCUGAUCACCCACUGAAAUCACGUAUGCGCGCACAAUAUCUCCCACCCUAAACAUAUCCUCCAUUACAACGCGGUCCUUUUCGACCGCACGAACAUCUUCUUUGCGGAUAAUUGCUUGGAACCGGAGAUCGUCUGCAGUGUUGCUUGUGCUCGUACUAUCUGUGCCUGCGGUGGUGAUGAUGGGAGCCGAAGAGAGGAUUGUGCGCAUGUUGGUGUCGAUGAGGUCGUUGUUUUGGUCAUCUACGACCAUGAGUAUUGAGACUGUUGCCUGGCGCUUCUGGACGCGAGUUACGCGGGCGAGGACAAUGGAGUCGACGGCUGGUAGAGUGUUGAAUUUUAGAGGGGACUUGGUUUGCUGUUGGUUUUGUGUGGAGUUGGGGGUAUCUGUUUGCGGAGAGCGGGAUACUGUGAGGAUCUUGCGGGGCUUGCGCUUUGGAUCUGUUCCCUUAUCGUCGGUUUUGAGGAUUACUGGGCCGGGUAUGGAGGCGCAGAUAGAGGAGUCGCGGACGUAUGUUCCUGGGCCGGAGCUGAAUGUUGAGCUAUCGCCGAGACGUAGCCCAGGCACGGCGAUGGAAGGGAUUCUUGUCGCCAUAUCUAGCGGAAUUAAAUUAUUUGAUGGUAUUAACCUUGCAAAUAGAAGGAGAGCAACAAGCGAAAGUGAUCGCAACGAAGCUGUCAAUCCAAAGAUCGAGAUAUCAAAAGGCAAAAAAAGAAGUUUUACCCGAAAACCUAAAGCUUGUUUAAGUUACGGCUUACUCAGCAGAGCGGCAUGACGUCAUGAUGUAAACAACGACAAAACACCAAGUCAAGUCCUUUAAUUAUAACACCGAGUAGGGAAAUACAUUACUUUAUGUAUUUGGAUGCAACACUUGAAUCAAACCAGCAAGUUGAAGAAGUGCCGCCAAAUAAUACACACAAGGAAUGCUAUAGUAACAAUCGAGAGAGUGUAUAUAUGGGAGGCUCGCGGUGAGAGGAAGAGAGAGGGUGUUAGGAAGUAUAUUGGAAACAGUCUUAUAUAAUGGAGACAAAAGGGGCAGAACGAAGACAAUGCAGAGCAAUAUCAAUAGAAGAGACAGUGAAAAGAAAAAGGAAAAAGAACGAGAGAAAUAGGUUGUUUUCUGAAGAGCCGACCCCGAAACGCCUGGACUCCUUGCCACGAUUAAAUGAGUAUCCACAAAGGAGAAAAAGUAACAAAAGAAAAAAGAAAAUAAAAGAAAAUGGACUGAAACAAUAGGGAAUAAGGGGCAAACGAUAAAGCUGUAAUAUAGUUUGGAGAGCGAUGUAAAUGAGCAAGUAGGUAUAAGGGUGCCCGAUCAAGGGUGAGAGGAUAAGGAGGAUGAUAUAGAGAGGAAGCUGCCGUGGGCAUCAGAAAUAGGGUCGUUAGCAGUGGGCAUUAGUACGUUUGAUAUGUAUCGGGUAAGCAUGUUAGCUGUGCUUGGAGUCGAAGCCGAGAAGUUCGAGAGAUCUCUGUGCGAGGGCGAUGACUUCGGCAGUGCCUUCUUCGCCAUCUUCACCUUCGUCGUCAGACUCGAGAUUCUUGUUUGCAAUCGCGCGUACUAGUUGUAUUAUAUCCUCGGAACGAGUGAUAAAGCCGAGAAGUCGU